UUAAACCUUGCCUCCGCUGCUUCAUGGGCGCGUGCGCGUCGGAAUCUAUUAGCACAUUCACGCUAUUUCCGUGCAGAUAGUCAAUUCCCAAAGCUAAUGCAUCUGCUUGACUCGUUGCUCGAUCGGCUCCCUGGAACGUCCGCUGCCCUCACGCGAAACGACACUUCGCUGCUGUUGGCUUAUGGUGGGCUAUCGGUUGCAGUGCGCACAAAAAUUAACGAAGACAAACGGACAAGCAGAGAAAAUUCGUCAUCCGUAAUUAGAGGGGAAUGGUCAAUGUCUCAUCGCAGUAGGAGCGUUGUCCUGUCAGACGAGGACUGUUCAAAGAAGCGCAGGAAAUCAGCUAAGGGUCUCGAAAAUCGCUUUCGGGCCCCUGAUGAUGUUAUGGCCGACAUGGAGAAGAAGGGAAAUUUUUCGUCCUUGAUGCGGCCAAGCAACCUCAUCAGCUCCAAGCCAGGCGCAGCCAAAAAACUUGUGAUACUCAACUUCAAAGAAACCCCUAAAUUGCCUCUUGAUUACCAAGAGGUAACAUGGGCCAAACUAGAAGAGGCAGUGAUUGCAAUUCAGACGUCAAAAUCUAUCAAGUAUAGUCAAGAAGAGCUGUUCCAAGGCGUAGAAAACAUGUGCAACCACAAAAUGGCACAGUUCCUCUACACCAAGCUGAGGGAGCUAACACAGAAGCACGUGGAGGCCAACAUCAAACCAUUUUUAGCCGAAUCAAUCGACCGGUUGAUCUUCUUGAAGCGUAUGAACGAAUGCUGGCUGGCACACUGUCGUCAGAUGAUUCAAAUUCGAAGUAUCUUCCUCUACUUAGACAGGACAUAUGUACUCCAGACCCCCACACUUGCCUCAAUAUGGGACAUGGGGUUGGAGAUGUUCCGCUUCUACAUCAUCACUAAUCCGAUGGUGCAAACCCGCACAGUGGAGGGACUGUUGAUGCUCAUUGAGAAAGAGCGCCAGGGAGACACAGUCGACAGGACAUUAUUGAAAUCGUUACUCAGAAUGCUCUCUGACCUUCAAAUUUACCAAGAGGCAUUUGAGGCCAAAUUCUUGACAGCUACCGAGAGAUUAUACGCUAGUGAAGGACAACAACUGAUGCAAGACUUGGACGUGCCAGAAUAUUUGGCCCAUGUAAAUAAGAGGCUUAAUGAAGAAAACGAAAGACUGCUGCAUUACUUGGAUCAGUGUACAAAGUGGGCGUUGAUACACACUGUAGAGAAGCAGCUGUUGACCGAGCAUCUGACAUCAAUUUUGCAAAAGGGAUUAGAUAUUUUGCUUGAAGAAAACCGUAUCAAGGACCUCACGCUGUUGUACAAUUUGUUUUCCCGCGUCAAAAAUGGACCCACAGAGCUGUGCAACAAUUUCAAUAGCUUCAUCAAGAAAAAGGGCAGGACGAUUGUUAUUGAUCCUGAAAAGGAUAAAACCAUGGUCCAAGAGCUGCUUGACUUCAAGGACAAGAUGGACAACAUUGUUAGUACUUGUUACCAGAAGAAGGAAAGGUUCCAUUUCAGUCUGAAAGAGGCGUUUGAGUAUUUCAUAAACCAGAGAGUCAACAAGCCUGCUGAACUCAUUGCGAAAUUCGUUGACUCCAAAUUGAGGGCUGGUAACAAAGAAGCAACAGAGGAAGAGCUCGAGAGACUUCUGGACAAAAUCAUGGUUCUCUUUAGAUUUAUUCAUGGCAAGGAUGUGUUUGAAGCCUUCUACAAAAAGGACCUGGCAAAGAGACUGCUUGUUGGCAAAUCAGCCAGCGUGGAUGCCGAGAAAAGCAUGCUGUCUAAGUUAAAACAAGAGUGUGGUGGUGGAUUUACUUCAAAACUAGAGGGCAUGUUCAAGGAUAUGGAGUUGAGCAAAGACGUCAACAUUGCAUUCAAACAGCAUAUGGGCAAUCUUCGGGAGCCGCCAUUGGCGAAUAUUGAUCUCACUGUGAACAUCCUGACAAUGGGUUACUGGCCGUCCUAUCCACUCCUGGAGGUGACCUUGCCCAUUGAGAUGGUGCAGUACCAAGAGGUCUUCAACAAAUUCUAUUUGGGCAAGCACAGCGGCCGCAAGCUGCAGUGGCAGCCCACGCUCGGCCAUUGCGUCCUCAAAGCAGACUUUGCCCAGGGCAAGAAGGAGCUGCAGGUGUCCCUCUUCCAAGCCUUGGUGCUGCUAAGGUUUAAUCGAGCAGACAACAUCACUUUGGAAGACAUCAAGGCAGCUACGUUGAUCGAGGAUGGUGAAUUGCGGCGCACCUUGCAGUCCCUGGCAUGCGGAAAAGCGAGAGUAUUGCAAAAGGUCCCUAAAGGCCGUGAAGUUGAGAACAAAGACCAAUUCUCCUUCAACAAUGAGUUCACCAACAAACUUUUCCGCAUCAAAAUCAACCAAAUUCAGCUUAAGGAAACUACGGAGGAGCAGAAGGCGACUGAAGAGAGGGUAUUCCAAGACAGACAGUAUCAAAUUGAUGCCGCGAUUGUGCGCAUCAUGAAGAUGCGUAAAACACUCAGCCACAACCUUCUCAUUAGUGAAUUAUACAAUCAGCUCAAAUUCCCGGUCAAGCCUGCUGAUUUGAAGAAGCGCAUCGAAUCUCUGAUUGACCGAGACUACAUGGAAAGGGACAAAGACAUAGCUAACCAAUACAACUAUGUGGCCUAGUGAGAAAGUGCACCUGUCUCCGCGUGACCUGACAUCAGUCUAGGGCCUAGAAGUCAUCCCCUUGGCUUCAGGUGUUGUUCUAGCAGCCUUGCAGAAUUGUGUUUAUGUGAUGUAAAAAACUUUGAACAAGGAGAAAAUUGUGCUUGCCAGGAAAAUAGUUUUGUAAGUAGUUGCGCAUUGAUAAUUUCAAUUAUUUACGAUUAAAAUACACAUACUACUUUGUUGUAUUUCUGGCAACAAAACACCAGGUACUUUUAUUUUGUCCGGGUUAUUUCCUCUGGAAUGUGUGACGUUGAUUAUAUAUUGGAGGAAGAUGUAAUGUAUGGAAUUUUGUGAUUACAUACUCAGGUCUGUCCUCUCUUUAAAUUUGUCUUGGCACUCAAUAAACCUUUGAUAAUGCGAAA